UCUCACUUUAAAUCCUGAGUAGACAUCAAACCUGCUGGACAAAAGUAGCACAAUGCCUCGCUUUACUGUCCACGUAAGAGAUGAGUGGCUGACUGUGCCCUGUAAGGAUACGUCCUUCACUAUACAGUGGUUGGGCAUGGAGGCUCUCAAGCGCUAUGUCAAGAACAAGCCUGAUAAUGGAGGAUUCCCUAAUGUCAAAGAUGUGUGCUUUGUGGCCAGGAGGUGUCAGGGACAAGGACUGCUGGAUGCUGAUGAUACAAUAGAUGACGUCUUGGAAGACAAUGAUUUUGUUGAGCUUGAGAUCAAAGGUGACACCAUGUCUUCUGACUUUAUUCCCAGUCAACCUGGAAUGGCUUAUCUAACAAGGGCCUACAGAGAACCAGAGGAGCACCUUUUCCUAGAUGGCAACAGUCUGAACUCCACUGAUCUAGUCAACUUAGGAAGAGGCUUUUACAAGAUUAAGUUGACACCUGAGGCUGAGAAAAAAGUAGAGCAGUCCAGAGAACUUCUAGACACUAUAGUAAAAGAAAAACAAGUUGUGUAUGGAAUCACCACUGGAUUUGGGAAGUUUGCACGGACCGUCAUCCCAAUCAGCAAACUCAAGGAACUGCAGGAGAAUCUUAUCCGCUCACACUCAGCAGGUGUGGGCAGCCCUCUGAGCCCUGAGAGGACUCGCAUGUUGCUGGCCCUCAGAAUAAACGUCCUGGCUAAGGGAUACAGCGGGAUCUCUCUGGAGACCCUGCACAGUAUGAUACAAGCAUUCAAUGCGUCCUGUUUGUCUUAUGUUCCUGAGAAGGGAACAGUUGGUGCCAGUGGAGACCUUGCUCCUCUCUCACACUUAGCCUUGGGGCUGAUGGGAGAAGGGAAAAUGUGGUCACCUAGGAGUGGGUGGGCUGAUGCAAAAUAUGUUUUGGAAGCACAUGGACUAAAGCCUAUAUCACUGAAACCAAAAGAGGGUCUUGCGUUAAUUAAUGGGACACAAAUGAUCACCUCAAUGGGUGCAGAGGCUGUGGAGAGGGCAGAGUCCAUCGCCAGACAGGCCGAUAUCAUCGCUGCACUCACCCUGGAGGUCCUGAAGGGAACCACGAAAGCAUUUGACAGUGACAUCCAUGAGCUGCGCCCCCACCCUGGACAGAAAGAGGUGGCCUUGCGUUUCCGUGCUCUUCUGGACUCUGAUCACCACCCUUCUGAGAUUUCAGAAAGUCAUAGGUUUUGCGACCGUGUCCAAGAUGCUUACACCAUGCGUUGCUGUCCCCAGGUUCAUGGCAUCGUCAAUGAUACAAUUGCUUUUGUGAAAAAUAUCAUAAAUACGGAAAUUAACAGUGCUACAGACAAUCCUAUGGUCUUUGCAGAAAGGGGAGAGACCAUUUCAGGGGGAAACUUCCAUGGAGAGUAUCCAUCAAAGGCGCUGGAUUAUUUGUCCAUAGGAGUUCAUGAAUUGGCAUCCAUCAGCGAGAGGCGUAUCGAGCGCCUGUGUAACCCAUCUCUCAGUGAGCUACCCGCCUUCCUGGUUAAUGAAGGGGGCCUGAACUCAGGCUUUAUGAUUGCACACUGCACUGCAGCAGCUCUCGUUUCUGAAAAUAAGGUGCUGUGCCACCCCUCCUCAGUGGACUCACUAUCCACCAGUGCUGCCACUGAAGAUCAUGUGUCCAUGGGAGGCUGGGCAGCCAGAAAGGCUCUCAGAGUGAUUGAACAUGUGGAGCAAGUGUUGGCUAUUGAAAUGUUAGCAGCUUGUCAGGGUAUUGAGUUCCUCAGGCCACUCCAUACCACAACGCCUUUGGAGAAGGUGUAUGACCUUGUCCGCUCUGUGGUCAAGCCCUGGAUAAAAGAUAGGUUUAUGGCUGCAGAUAUUGAGACUGCCCAUCGGCUUCUGAUAGAGCAGAAGGUUUGGAAUGUUGCUAAGCCAUACAUCGAGAAGUACUGUGCAGAGCACUUCCCCGAAUCACGUCCAUCCUCCCCGACUGCAUUCUCUCUGGAAACGCCACAAUCUCCACAGAAACGUGUUCGGCUGGAGUGACAGAGAUGCACAGCGAAAAUGUCAUUCUUUACCCAAUGCCGAUAAAGGUCUUUAUUACCAUAUGUACCAAUGUGCUGUGGUUAAAUGGUCAUACUAGGUAUUAGGUCUCAGAUGUACAUUUCUUUCCCAUUGUAAACAAUAUAAUCAUUGUAAAAACAUUGUCUCCAUAUGCAUCAGACAGUUAAUAGUGCAUUUCAUUACUGCUGAUAUUUGACCUUUUGGAAACCAAAGCUGUCAAGUUCUAUAAACCGAAACAUUUAAAUAAAAUAUACAGUAUGUGCAUAUGUUUUAAAUUGCAAUAUAUUAAAAUGCAAAACUAUUUGGAAGAAAUGUUUGUUCAGUGUUUGAGACAGAGAAACAUUUUUAUUUUAUGCUAACAGAAAGGGAACCCUUACACAGAUGUGCAGAAAGUAAAGAGGUCAAAUUAUUCACUGUAACACCUUUAUUUGUACAUUUACAUUUAAAUUCUAAGUAAGUUUCUUAUCUUUCCCGUAGUGACUAACCUUUAAGAGCAACAACUCACCUAUGCAUAUAAAUUAACAACUUCUAAAAUUGCAGGGAAAAGGUGGUAAGAGAUUUAUCAUAUUUUUCCCCUUUUCCUGAACUGGACUAUAAUUCGGUUAACAUUGAGAAAGUAUAUUUCAAGAUAUCAAGUUAUUCCAGUCUAAAAAGAAGGAAACAAAUAGUAGUGCUAAUAAUGGAAACACAUUUUGUUCAUACAUUUUAUAAUA